UCCCCUGGGAGGUUUCGGGGGUUAGGGGGUUGAGGUCUCGGGUCCAGCUGGGGCCCAGUGUUGUUGCAGAUGGUGUCUGUGCUGGAGACGGGACCAUGUGGCUGUCCUCAGCCCUGCUGCUUCUCUGGGUCCCAGGCCGUUUCUCUCUGGGUGGCUCCAACAGAGUGACGGGCUCCGUGGGGGGAUCCCUGAGCGUGCAGUGUCCCUAUGAGGAGGAAUACAGGAGUGCAAAGAAAUACUGGUGCAAAAGAUCCUUUAUCAUAGUAUGUGGCAAGAUCGUGGAGACGCAAGACUCAGAGAGAGAAGUGAGGACAAGCCAAGUGUCCAUCACAGACCACCCUGCAAACCUGACCUUCACGGUGACCAUGAGGAGCCUCAGGGUGGAGGACGCAGGCACAUACCUGUGUGGAAUCAAUAGGCGCUUUUUUGAUGUCAUCUCCGAGUUUGAGGUGUUCGUGUCCCCAGCAUCAACACCAGUGGUGCCCACAACUGUCACCAUAGCCGGGACAUCAGCAGUCACGACCGAAGUUCCAACUGUGCCAUCCACUGCCCUGUCUGCAGUGAGUGCCACUGGCAGUGCCAGCUUCCAGGACGAACCCCAGAAGAGCUCGGGCCCACGGCUCGUGCUGCUGCUCUCCUUGUUAGCAUUUUUGCUGCUGCUGUUCAUGGUGACCUCACUGCUGGCCUGGAGGAUGUGUCAGAAACAGGUCAAAGCUGGUGAGUUUCCAGAGCUGUCCCAGGGCCCCAGGCAGGCUGCCGAGCAAAGUGAGCAGCACUAUGUGAUUCUGGAGCUGCUGACGAGGCCCCUGCGGGAAGAGCCAGUGCCACCGAGGCAGGUGGAGGUGGAAUACAGCACCCUGACUGCCCCCAGGGAAGAGCUUCACUACACCUCGGUGGUGUUUGACGGCCAGAGCCAGGACUCUAACGGCCACGGAAUUUCUGCCCGGAGGCCCCGGGAGGAGGAGCCCGAGUACAGCGUGAUAAGGAAGAAGUAGCCCUUGGUCCAGCCUUGACAUCUGGAGCUCUCCUUGGCCCCCAGGAAGCCCAGUGAUGGCCCCUGUAGUCCUCACCCACGUUCCCCUCAGCCUGCUGUCCUCGACAGUGACAACGGCAGGCAGCUGGGGUCCCCGGGGCUGUCCCUCUUGCACCAUGAACCCAGCCAGCUUCACUGAGGACAGGCAGGGACGGGGGUUCUGGGGGACCAUCUCAUCUCUCCUCUUUGUCCUUGUUUUGUCCUGGCUCUGUGUGUGGAGGAUGCAGCUCCUCCGUCCUGUCCCGUGUGGCUCCAGGAAAACACGUCGCUCAGACAGGACGGCACCUGCGAAUAGCUCUGUACAUCACAGCCCCGCAGCCACGGCGGGGAAUGCCUGGGCGUGGGAGGAAUAGAAUGCAAAGAUACGUGUCCACGAGCAGGGAACACAGCAGCACCAAAGAUCAAAUCCCUCCCAUUUCACAGACAAGGAAACUGAGGCCUGGAGAGAUGAGAGACUGUGUGUGGCUCUGGAACUGGCGGCAAGCGCCUUCGGACUCUUAGCUCGGGUUAUUUUUCAAUAUAAGAGGUAUAAAUAGUCUCAAAUAUCUCAUUGAAGGAGAAGAACAAAGCUGUUUAAACAAUG